AUGACUAGAUCCUCUUCUUUUAUUUCUUCCGUAGAUUCUAUAGAUUCAGUAGAUUCCUCAAUUACCUCUCUAAUUUCUCCUUUAUAUACAGAUUCUCUUUCACCAUCUACCCCAGCAACUCCUCCUCCUAGUAACCAUCAAAGAUAUAAAGAUCUUUUAAUAUUUGAAGAAAGAUUAAAACAAAAUUUACAUCAACUACAAAAACGUAGUUACAAAUAUGAAGUAGUUGGUGUGUAA